UUGUGUUUGUCAAUUUUUCUAUCGCCACGCUUGACGCAGAUUUGUAUCCGAAUUAAAUUUACUUCUGAUCAAGGAAGAGUUACACAUAAAUCUCAAGCUACUUAUACUGCGUGUUUAUUGAAACGAAUUCAAGUUGAAAAUAUUAUAAAGUUACGAAGCACUAACUAAUACAAAAUGACUUUGGGUACUUACAACAGACAUCAAGCAGAACGCAAAAAGCAAGCAGCUUUGGCAGCUGCUUUUCCUCAAGGUAUACGCUGCCAGAAAUGCCUUGAAUAUGGCCAUUGGAGCUACGAAUGCAAAGGCAAGCGUAAAAUUGCAGUGCGUCCAUCUCGCUCUCAGAUUUUAAAAAAGAAUUUGAAAGCGAAACAGGAAAACGACUGCAGCAAUGGAAAGUGCAAGGUACCAAACAAAAAGAAGCGUUCAAACUCUGAUUGCUCAGACUGUUCAGAGAGUAGCUCGUCGGAGAGUUCGUCGGACUCAUCUUCAAGCAGUUCUUCUAGCAGUGAUAGUAGCAGCGACUCUGAGAGCGACAGCAACAGCAGCAGUAGCUCGGACUCGUGUAGCGACUGUUAAACUAUUUCUAUUAUAGAACUUAGGGCCAUCCAUAUAUUACAUCACAUGAAUUUUACAAUUUAUUGACCCUUCCUUUUCAUAGUUGGUAAUAUUUAUGUAUAGUGUAUAUUCAUUUAAAUUGUUUUUCAAUAAAACCAAUACCAAUCAAACAUACUAUAAACUAGUACAGCUAGAGUUAAUUCGCCAACAAUAUGUUUUCACACUUCUUUAACCCCCUAAUCCCCCCCCCCCCAACGUGUGACGUAAUUUAUGGAUGACCCCUUUUCUUCUAAUCCUAUUUGUCUAUGCAUUUGAUGUUAAUUUGAUAUUUUUUAAAUACUUUUACUUUCUUUGUUGUGUCUUUGAGUAGUUCUUAUUUAUUUUCAUUUACUAUUCUGAUUUAGUGAUUUUCAUUUCAAUUUCAAUAUAAUUUAGAUAUUCCCAUUUGGCAGUUUACUAAUGAUGCUGGUCAUUAAAAAUUUAGGAUAAGUUAAUAUUCUUAAUUUGAUUGUUUUAAAUAUAAUUCUUAUGUCAGUGAGUUUUAUAGAUUAUACUUAUAUAAUUCAUUGUUACCUGAUUGCUGAUAAUUAGUUCAGACUUGAUAUAAAAAUGACAUAUGUAUAACUUAGUUUAUUUUAAGUAUAAUGAGGCUUGUAAAAAUCGAUGUAAAUUAUUAUAUUUUUUUGAUAACAAAGGUAAAUAAUUGAAAAAAAAAAGAUUCUUUUUUAUAUUUCGGGUGAUUUUAAUAUAUUAGUUAUGUUUCAGCAAUGUGACUCUAGACAAGCAGUUAAAAAGCUGUGAAAAAAGCUCUAAAUGUAAUUUUAAAAAUAUAACUGUAUUCUAGUAGAUUGUGUAAUUCUCUAUUUUACUAUUUAUAUUUAAGACUGUAUGUAAAAUGUUUUCUAGA